AUGGUCCUAAUGGCUUCUCGAAUUUUAAGCCGAUCUCAUGGAUGGACUUUGGACAAUUGCCACGAUUAUUUGCCCAUUUUAAUUGACAAUUUGAUAAGUCUGGACUACCGUAACCGACUAAUUUCUCUGGAGGGCCUCGCCGCGAUUUCCGAUAAUUUAUUGGAAAAAUUGAUUAAAUUCUCAAAUUUCAACGCUCAUCGAAUUGGAGUCGAUAUUGCGGCAGAAGAGAGAACUGAAAAGGCAAAAAAUUGUAUUACGAUGCUCCGUUCUGUCGUUAAAAAACGUGAUUGGUAUUAUCGACAACUUGAUGAGGAAUCAGUUGAUAGAUUGGACGCCACAAUGGAGAGAUUGAAGAGAAUUUGA